AGAAAGUGGGGGGUGGGGGGUGGGGGCCCAGCCUUUGGAAGCGAGAAACACAUAACAAGGCCCGAAGCGAGGAAGCGCGCGGGUGACAAACAAUUGACGAGAGGACAAACAGAUCGAUCAGGAGGGCCACAAACAGGCUGAUGUCAUCUUAGAUGUGACGUAAUUAUAACACUUCUCUUCGGUAGACCCCCUCUAAACACAAGGACGGCUCAGAUUAGCCCAUACCUCUUCAUAGAAAGGGGCAUGAUAGUCAUAUUUAUAAAUUCUUCGCCGUACAUAUACGCUAAACAUUUUUUUUAGUCCAUGAAUGAACGCGCACAUCCUCCCGCGAUGGACCGGCCCAUGCAUCAUGUUUUUUUAUUUUCUAAAACAGCAAAAAUAAGUAUGUGCCGCAGAGGAUUCGAACCGCACUCCAGCAAUAAUUAGCACAAGCGCAAUAACCAACUGGGCAACCGAACAGCUUGUGGUAGAUAUAUUGUUUUGACUAAAAAUAGAACACAGGAAAAGCGCACUAUAUCCUGUUUGGUUUUCUUUUCCUCUUUAUUUUUCCUUUUCUUUAUUUGUUUCCCUUUUCUUUCUUAAAUGCGUAAAGAUAUUUAAAUUCGUGAAUUUUUCUUCAAAGUGGGUGAACUUUUUUCUCCAAAAAUGGUGAAGUAUUUUUCCCAAAUUCCUGAACUAUUUCUCAAAUCAGUGAUUUUUAAAAAAAUAUUGAACUUUUUAUAAAAAUGAUGAAUUUGAUUUUAAAAAUCAAUGAACUUUUUUUCAAAAUCGAUAAACUUUUUUUCUAAUUUGUGAACUUUUCCGAAAAUUGAUGAAGUCUUGUUUUACUUUUUCUGAUCAAUGAGCUUUCUUAAAAUCCAGUGAACUUUUUUUUUGUGAACUUUCUUGAAUUCCUAAUUAUUUAUUUUAAAAAUUAUCUAAAGGUCAAUAAUCAAGUUGUAAUUAAACUCACUCCUCUUUCUUAAUGAGUGUUCUUUGAAAUUCAUCUUGGAUGCUUGGCAUGGUGAUACUAGUGUGUGGAACAAAUUCGAGUCCAUUUUAUUGAUGUGAAAAAGUGCAUCCAACCAGCCUACCUGAACCAUCACCUUUGAACAUGAUAUGCUUCUUGCCAUGCACGAAAUGACACCAAAACUUGUCAGUAUGUGGCCAUGCUCAUGGUUGGCCUUCAUGCAAAAUUUGAAGGAAUUCGGACACCUAACACACAUUGUGUCACGUUCGGUUAGUAUUUUAGGAUUUUUUUCAAGGGAAAACCUUAGUAAAUGCAUAAAAAGUCAGAACUCAAUGAAAUUUAUCAUGGAUGCUUUGCAUGGUGAUGUUAGUGUUUCGAAGAAAAUUGGUUUCAUUUUAUUGGUGUGAAAUAAAAGUUCAACCAGACUUGCCCUACCGGCCUACUCAAACCACCACCUUUGAACAUGGUGUGCUUCUUGCCAUGCAUGAAAUAACAUCAAUUUUUGCCAGCAUGUGAGCAUGCUCAUGGCAGGCCUCCAUAAAAAAUUUGAAGAAAUUUGGACACCGAACGCUCGUUGUGUCACGUUUGGCUAGUGUUUUAGGGUUUUUUUCACUAGGAAAACCCUAGAAAAUGUAUAAAAGGUCAGAAUUCAAUGAAACUUAUCAUGGAUGCUUGACAUGAUGAUACUAGUGUGUGGAAAAAAAAUUGGGUCAAUUUUAUUGAUGUGGGCAUUUUUUGAAAGAAAAAGAAUGAAGAACGAAAAACGAAAAACAACAAGAAUGAAAAGAAACAAAAAAGAACAGUAAACCGGUCGUUGAAUGAUUUAGUUUCAUUUUCCUUUUUCUAUUUAAUAGAUGCUCAGAAAUUUUAAAAGUGUCCGAUUCUUUUAUGUGAGCAUAUUCCUAUUUAAACGAACAAUAAACAAACAUUUUUGUUUAAACGAACAAUUUAUCUAUUUAAUAGAUGUUCAGAAAUUUAAUCAUAUUGAUGUGAGCAUUUUCUAUUUAAACAAACAAUUUGUUGACAUAUCUGUAAAAUUCUCUUGAAAUGCGAAUAUCUGUACUUUAUGAACAAAAUUAGGUUGUUCUAGUUGGUUAAUGUGGUCUUCCUUAGACCAAGAGGUCUUGAGUUCGAUACAAGGUGCCUGCAUUUUUUGAAAUUUAAUAAAAAGUGGGUAUGAUGUCUCGUAUGUGUCACAUAAGCGUAUGAGUAUACGGUUUGAUGAAAUGACUAUACCGCCCUUAUACGGUUUGUGGAGGGGGGUCUACCGAAGUAGGCCUCAUAACACUAAUUGAAAUCAAUAAAAAAUGAAUAAAGGAGGUGUUUGAUUGUCAAAAGAAAAGAAGAAGAAAUCGAUAAAAAAAAAAAGAGAACGAGUUGGGAAAAACAGCUCCUGGAUUCGCGUUCGGUUACUACUUCCGACUAGAGAUGGAUCGAAACUCGGAAUUAUAAACAACAUCACGACCGGCGGUUUGCUCAGAAAAUAGAGAAGCCUCGAUCAGGAGCGAUGGCGAUGGUUGGCGUCAGGGUCGCGGCCAUCCUCCUCGUAUCGAUCGCUGCCUGUUUUCUUCUGCUCGGCCAUGCGGGCGCGGUCAACGGCAACCAGGCGCCCCACUCCCCGUCUCCGGUGAUCGCCAUCGACUUGGGCAACACCAACUCGUGCGUCGCCGGCUACAGCCACGGCCAUGGUCAGGUCGAAACCAUGUUCCAGCUCUGCAUCCCAACCUGGGUGGCCUUCCCCGGCGACGGAUCCGUCUUGGUCGGCGAGGACGCCAAGAACCACGCCGCUCCCAAUCCCAUCUUCGGCUUCAAGCGGCUGCUCGGGAAGAGUCGCGACUUGGAGCGCGAAGAGGAGGAGGUGCGAGAACUCAUGGUCCGCGUGCCGUACAAAGUCGUCGGCCGCGAAAGGCCCCUGGUUCAGGUGCAGAUGGCCGACGGCGCGGUCAAGAACCUCGGCGCCGAUGAGAUCACGGCCAUGGUGUUGGCCAAGCUCAGGGAGUCGGCCGAGGCGUACCUCGGCCGUGCAAUCCAGGAGGCCAUCGUCACCGUCCCGCAGCAGUACAACGAUCCGUCAAGGUAUUCGAUGUUGAGGGCCGCGGAGCUCGCCGGCCUGCGCGUCACGAGGAUGAUCGACGAGCCGACCGCGGCUGCCGUCGCUCACGGCCUCCACAGGAAGCUGCGCGACGAGGGCAACGUCCUCGUCCUCCACGUCGGCGGCGGGACGUCAGACGCGAGCGUCAUGUGGUAUGUGGACGGCGUCUUCGAGUUCAUGGGAGCAGACGAGGACCCUUUCUUUGGAGGACAGGACUUCGACCAGAGGAUCGUCGACCACUUCGUGGAGCUGAUCAGGAAGAAGCACGGCAAGGACCUGAGCAACGACAAGGGCGUGCUGGGCAGGUUGAGGACGGCGUGCGAGCAGGCCAAGAAGGCGUUGAGCAGCCAAGAUGUUGCCGAACUGAGCAUCAAGUCGCUGGUCGAUGGUGUCGAUUUCUCCGGCUCGCUGACCCGGGCAGAGUUUGAGGAGCUGAACCAUGACUUGUUCCUUAAAGCCAUGGCGUUGGUGGAGAGUGCCAUGAGACAGGCUGGGCUAGACAAGAACAAGGAGCUGCUUGAUGAGAUUGUGCUGGUUGGUGGAAGCACCAUGAUCCCUGGGAUUCGGAGACUCGUCACCGAUUAUUUUGAUGGGAGGGAGCUGAAAAAUAUCAAUGCGUCGGUGAUGCCAGAUCAAACUGUCACUCUCGGAGCUGCUCUUCUAAGCCAUCCUAUGGCAAAUGGGUACCCAUGCAUGGGAGGCGAUAGGCGUCAGUGGGGAUACUCCACGGACUGGUGUUUUACCGACUGAACUUCCCGUUAUUGAUUGACUGCAGUGAGCAAACCACUAGCCUCAAGCCCUCAACUGCGACAAAUUGUAGCUUAUAUAUCAUCUUCUUUUUGUAGGUUUUGUUAAAUGUGAAUGUUGGAAUCUCAGGAUUACAGCCUUACCUGAUGCAAUGCAACAGCUGACUUGUGAUAACUUCUUCUUUUAAAAUUCAAACUACUUCUUUUCCCCAGAUGUUUUCCAUUUUGUUUACCUAUGCUUAUUAGUUAAAGAAGAACACACAAUGGAAUUUCAGUCACUGAUACAAAACUCUUAUAUGACUUACCUUGCCCGUAUUAGUUACCAGUAGAUCCGCACAAUUUAUAGUUUUAGGCCCCAAUAACAUUUUCCUUCCUAA